CGGCUUCCCUCCAAUGCGAGUACUAGUCUCCGGCUUCCCUCCAAUUCCCAAAACCACCCAGGCGUAAAGCCCCCAAAGCUCACGCCUUGCACGCGGCGGCACCUGAUGGCGGCCGCCUCCGGCGACCUGGAGGGUCGGUUGAUGUCUGCGGUGAAGGCCUCCGCGGCGCGCGGCGAGCCCCCACUUCUCCAGGCCGCUGAGGCCGCGCGCUGCGCCCGCGAGGCCUCCGCCACCUGCGGAGGGGCCAGAGGCAGCCUCGCCGCGGCGCUGGUGUCGAAUCUAUGUUUCGCGUACAACACGGGGGCGAUGUGGAAGCUGCUGGACCAGGCCAUGGCCUCCCGCCUCGUCUCCCCACUGCACACCCUCGCCCUCCUCACCUCAAGGGUGGUGCCGAACCGGCGGGCGCAGCCGGAAGCGUACCGGCUCUAUCUGGAGCUGCUCGGGCGGUAUGCGCUUGUGCCCGAGUACUCGGAGAGCGCAGAGACAAAGGCCAUGAUAGCCAAAUCUACUGAUGAUGCUAUGCAGCUUUCACAUAGAUAUGGAUUUCAGCAAAUGGAUUUUGGACAUACUGUUAUUCUUUUUGUUUUGAGUAUUAUCAACAUAUUGACUGAUUCUAUUUUGGAAGAUUCGGGCUUUCCAAGUAUCUAUAAUAAGGAGCAUGAAAAUAUGCAUGCGAUUGAAGUGAACAAGCACAGGGCUUUAGAUGGCAAGGGGAGUCUGCAUGACAAAAGAGAUGGGCAGCGUGAAUACCUAAGGCGAAACAAUACACUUAUGGCUCUAGAAGUUGUCGAGAAGAUCACUGCUAACAAAAAUGCCCAAGUUUUUCUUCGGCUUGUCUAUCUUAACACACCUGAAAACUUCAAAAGUUUGCUUCAGAGACUUCAGCUUACAGGUGCCCUUAAGUCAAACAAUGUUGCAUCUGGAAAUACUCUGCUGGAUAACUUGAUGACACAUAUACAGAAGGUUAGAAGCACAGGAUAUCAAUUAGGCAGGAGUAGACUAUUGAGAGUUCUUAUUGGUACACAGCCCUCCAGCUCAGCUGCAUGCAAUAUGUUUGGAACUGGAAAGGGCUCUUGUUGGAUUCCUUUUGACCUAUUUAUGGAGAACGUGAUGGAUGGUAAAUAUCUGCAUGCCAUAUCCUCGAUCGAAGCUCUGACAGAACUGGCCAAGAUGCUCAAAGCACUUAAUCGGGCAACCUGGCAAGAGACCUUUCAAGCUCUAUGGGUUUCAGCUUUGCGGCUUGUACAGAGAGACCCAGGUACUCUGGAAGGACCAUUUCCUCAUCUUGAUUCUCGUCUAUGCAUGUUGUUAGCUAUUGUUCCUUUGGCUAUUGCUCCCAUUUUGAAGGAAGACGCUGACUGUCUUGAACGGGGAGUGGCCUGCGCUAGAAGAGAAGAAUUAGUGUCCUCUCUUCAUGUUCUGGGGCAAUUUUUUGGUCUUCUUUCAACCCCUCCAGCAGCUUUACAUGCAGCAAACAGUGCAGCCACGAAAGCAGCGGUUGCUGUAUAUAGUUUGGAAGCUGGGAGUGAGAACAUUCACAGUUUGAGAGAUAGUUUCUCUAUUAAAGCAGUGGGGAAUAUGCAACAUCUUAUUGUGGAAGCCUGUGUAGCUAGAAAUUUAGUUGAUACAUCGGUUUAUUUCUUUCCCGGCUAUGUUGUUCCCAUUAAAGACUUCUCUCCUGUCCAUCAAUCUCCUUGGCGAGCUUUGAUGGAAGGGUCUCCACUUAUGGGCCUCAAGGAUGUCCUUAUUGUUAUACCUGCUUCGAGUUUGUCAGAAUUGGAGAAACUGCAUUCUUUUGCAGUAAGUGGGUCACAAGAGGAAAAGUUGGCAGCUUCUAAGAUUCUAUGUGGUGCAUCCUUUCUUCGUGGGUGGAACGUUCAGGAACAUGUUGUCCGAAUGGUGCUUAAGCUGCUGUCAACAUUGAUUUCCCUAGAUUCUGGAUCGGAUAGCUACUAUACUCAUCACAUGCCUAUGCUACAUGCUCUCUUAUGUGGGAUUUCUUCCCUUGACACUGUUCAUAUCCUCUCAAUGUAUGGCUUGGUACCGGAAUUAGCUGCUAUUUUGAUGCCUAUAUGUGAAAUAUUUGGAUCCUUACCUGAAUCUGAUCAUAAGAGUUGUAGUUUCGAAGAUGUUUCUGUGUACUCAGUAUUCUCAAGUGCUUUCCUGUCCCUUCUUCGCUUGUGGAAAUUUCAUAGGCCCCCUAUCGAGAAUGCUCUAUCUAGAUAUGGAGUCUCUGUUUGGGAGCUCAAUUUAGAGUACCUCUUGCUCUUACGUAAUAGUCGUCUUGCUUUGGAAAAUUUAUCUAUUGGUUGUAUGGCGAGCAUGCUUCAGUUUGAUCCAUUAUUUCAAAAACCGGUGUAUAUUGAUUCGUUUCCAAAGCUAAGGGCUUGGUAUUCCCAGAAUCAGGCUUGCAUAGCCUCUACUAUUUCUAGUGCUUACGAGAGGAAAAGCAUCCCCCAACUUGCAAACAAGAUACUGAGAAUUGUAUGCCGUAAAAUGACAAAAGUUGACAACCUGUCUGUCAGUCCACAAGCAACGUCAAAUUCAAGUAUGAGUGGCUCGCCUGUCAGUAUACAAGAAGAUGGCUGCGAAGGCCCGCCUGUUACUGCAUGGGAAAUUCUGGAAGCUGUUCCUUUUGUACUUGAGACUGUCUUAACUGCAUGUGCACAUGGGGGGCUUUCUUCUCGUGAUUUGAUUACAGGUCUGAGAGAUCUUGUGGAUUUCUUGCCUGCUUCAAUUGCUGCUAUUGUCAGCUUCUUUUCAGCAGAAAUUACCCGUGGCCUAUGGAAGCCAGUUAUGUUGAACGGUACUGACUGGCCAAGUCCAGCGGCAACUCUUAUGGAAGUUGAGUCUGACAUAAAGGAAGUUCUUGCAUCGGCUGGUGUUCAUAUCAACAUCUCUCCACAGCCACGACCGGUUAUGCCAAUGCUUCCAUUACCAGUCGCAGCUCUUAUCAGCUUAUCUAUAACGGUUACGAUGGAGGAAAUUAAUCACCUGCAAGGAAUCAUUAGCCACGGAGUGGAAAUUUCUGCUACAUCAAGUUCAUGGCCUAGCAUGUCAGUUGUAGGGGCACUGUGGUCACAGAAAGUUCGACGGUGGCAUGACUAUAUUAUCCUCACAUGUUCUGAAUCCCCUUUUACCCGAGAUAACAAUGCAGUGGGUCAACUUAUCAGGAGUUGCUUCUCAUCUUUUCUUGGGCCAUUGGUUAAUGGACGGUCUUGCUUUCUAGCGAACAGAGGAGUCACUAGUCUGAUGGGGCAGACUCCUGGUCAAAGAGGUUCCCGGCGUUCUUUGUCACCCGGAUGCCUUUACAUGCGAUCUUGUGGGAUGUUUAUGGACAAAAACUUCGUAUGUGAAGAGAUCUUCAAGGUUGUCAUGGAGAGAGCCCGUGCAUUAGCAAAUGAAUGUGGUUGUGAUAGAGCUUCUCGUCUGAUGUCAGGUCGAAUGCCACUGUCUUCUGCAUCAUCCUCAAUAGAGCAGAUAGCAUUACUUGCAGCAACUAUGCUUUGUCAUGCUGGUGGGGUGAAGUUGAUCCAUCUCCUGUACAGUCAGAUUGUACCGACUUUGCUUCUUUCAGCAGGAGAUACGAAACUGGGUUCUGCAGGGCCACUUUGCAGCAUGUUUGAAGGAUUUGCUUUGGCAUUUGUUCUCAUCUUGUCUGGGGCCAGCAUCUGGGGAAUUGGAGUAGACUCCCCAGAUUACAUCUCAGUGCACACAACAAAGAGGCGACAAGCUGUAGGCAGGCACUUGGAGUUUAUGGCCAAGGUAAUUGAGGGUAACAUGGAUCUUGGUUGUGGUCAGGCCACAUGGAGGACAUAUGUUCUCUGUUUCGUGGGUUUGCUUGUCGACUUUGUGCCAACGUGGAUCCCUGAAGUGCAGCUCGAGACGCUGCAGAAAUUGGCCUCGGGGCUACAGAAAUGGAACGAGCAUGAUCUUGCACUUUCUCUCCUGGAGCGAGGGGGCCCAAAGGCCGUAACUAUAGUGGUUGAGUCCAUGCUAUGAUAUGCAGGGACGGAGCCAGGAAAAAUAUUUGGAGGGGGGCCAAUAGAACACAAGAUUACUUGGAGGGCGCUGCACAUGCAAUAUUUACAAAUUUUAGGGACCAAUGUACAUGUAUUUUAGGUGUUCUUUCAGAAAAUUUUGCAGCAUAGGGGGCCAUGGGCCUAGCUGGCACCCCUAGCUCCGUCCCUGAUGAUAUGCUGCUUCCUUCUCAACGCCUCAACUGGUACUGUAGUUUGCAACGCUCGGUUACCUGACAUGCAGUCAUUCAUUGGGUGAACAUGCCCUCUGUAGUCUGUAGGUUGCUUGUUCAUAGGCAGUCAAUCAGAUAAGUCUACACUACCGA